AUGUACUUCCUUUAUUUUUUCUUUUCUCUGUUCGGAACACUCCUCGCAGCCCCACCAGGCCUCUUCCACGGAACCUCAGUAGUGAUAAUCCCCAGCAACGAAACAUCAGAUCCAGGAAACAGCACUAUCCUAGCAGCGAAUUUCUUUUGUUAUAUGGGAGAAAAAGGCUACUUUAGUUUCGGAUGGUGGAUACCACCCUCACUAUCCGCAAACACCUCCCACUGCGUCCCAACCUCCCACACAUUCCACUGGUACGAGCACGCGCAUCUCCAGUCCUGCACCCCUUCCAGUUGCACCUACAUCACGCAAAACUACCCCGUCCGCAUUCCCAGCCACGCAAAAGGUAUCCCACUCCCUCCUAACCCAGUGGAUUACACGAUCAAAGCGCUCGAUAUCGGGAAUGGCGAUUACGGGAAGAUGGCGGUGAGUUAUAUCGAUGAUGCGGAUACUGAAUUGCGGGUUUAUGGGAUCGGGACGAGGGAGAUUUUGGGGGGUGAGAAGUGUAGAGAGGCCUUGGGGACGUUGGAGUGGGUUUUGCAGAGGUGGAAACCGGACUUGGGGUUUGAGCUUGUGGAUAUUUGUGGUGAGGAGAGGGGGUUUGGGGGAAGUGGGUUGGAGGGUGGCGGGAGUCAGCAGUUUUUGGGGCAGUUGUGA